UGAUGGUCCAUGCCACGUAAAUGCUUCAAACGAUUGCUGUGGUGUCAUCGUUCCGACUCCAACCCCGCCCCCCCUCCAUUCGAUUCAUCGACCCCGCCAACUUCAUGACGCUGCCUAUGAUUGCCUAAAAUCUAGACGUUUCCUCCCAGCUCGUCGCCACAGCUGCCUCAAGGCUGCCUCCCUGAUGACAUCAACCCCAGAUUCGAGGUGUGACAGGGCGAAGGCGCCCAUCAGCUCCAAACCCGACCGAUUCAAGUUCAUCGUCAGCACACCGUCACAGAGACGCAGCCAAGACCAUCAACGACUCGUUCGAAGCCAUGUCACUCGCGGGAGAGGUCGGCGCAAGGGUCAUCACCCGCUGCCAUCCUGGAUGAACAAGGGCGCAGAGGAGCAACCUCAACCCCAUCCCCAGCCCAACCAACGACAGGACCUCGGCAGCCGUCUAAUUCCAAUCCCGAAUCGUGUUGGCUCUGAAUUCGCUUGGGUCCAGUUUCCUGAAGUCAUGCAGCCAUACAUGCUUCAGGACAUAUUGACAUUUCUGACAGUCGUCCAGGGCGGACUGUAUCCCACCGGAAUGUGCCUUGAAACCGAACCAGAGGACAGUGAAUGGGUCGGAUCGCUAAUGACCGAUCCCGUCUAUCUCCAUUCCAUGCUGUUCUCAAGUGAAGCCAUCCAGGACGAGAGCUUGGGCCGAGGCCGUAGUGUGUUGACACAGUUCCAUCUUGUCAAGACGCUCCGGCUGCUCCAAGAAAGGAUAUCCAUUCCCAAUGACCCUCUCGCCAUCUCUGACCAGACCAUCAUGACAGUUGUGACCCUAGCGUUGGCUGCACAAAUCUUUGGCGAUCAGGCUGGUUUCGAGAAUCAUAUGGAGGGUUUGAUAAGGAUGGUGAAUCUACGAGGCGGCUUCGGGACGCUGAAGACAUCAACCCAUGAAUUGCCGUCCAAAAUAUGCAGGGUAGAUCUUGUGCACGCAUUGACAUCCGGCCACCGCCCUGCUUUCUUCCGGGAUGCGAUAUCUUGGGACUGCUAUGUCGUUGACAAUAAAGCAAAGCGACCUGCCAGUCUUGACCCUGGAGACCAAAUUCCGUCAUUCGUCCAGUCCCUAGAUUGGAAACUCGUAAAUGUGUGGACGGACUUGAAACGGUUUUCAGACAUUUGCAACCUUGCCUCUCAGACAGGACACAAGCUCACCCAAACCACCUUUAGCGAGAUCAUGGUGUCAGUCCUGUAUCGGCUUCUUCACAUGUCUUUUAAGCAGUGCCCUGUGAACGAGGUUCUUCGUGUUGGCAUGGUUGCGUAUACCACGGCAAUUUUCUUGCAAUGGCAGUAUUUCAAGAUGGGGGAAGGCCACCUCAAGGAAUCGCUUAGCAAUGCCUUGUUGGAACUGCGAGAAUCUUUCAUUGAUGUUCCGCCUCCGGUGUUAUUCUGGCUGCUUACGGUGCUGAACACUUCGUUUGCCACUGAUGCCGAGGGGCGACAUGUGGGCUGGUUCAGUGAGGUAGUCGAGCUGAUUCCUUUGGCUUCUUGGGCGGAGGCCCGGAAAGUGUUAAAAUCGAUGGUUUGGGUUGACUCGUUGAAUGACUCGAAAGGAAAGGUGGCGUUUGACAUGGCGAGGUCGAAUAUUACAUAGCCAGGUGGCAAAUAAGACGGCGAGUUCAGGCUGCAGCGAGUCGACGACAUGGAGAAUUCAAGGUCAACCAAAGUGGACGUAGUGCUGGAAGACUGAAGAAGGCUGGCGGCUUACUCGGUGCACGCUUGGUGUUUUGGCAUGGCCUGCUAUGCUGCUACUACGCCCCUACUACGCCUAGUAUCUGACAGUAGGCACGCCCGGAACGGUAGCUCCUAAAAACGGUACACAUGGCACACAAGGCACACACCGUCUUCCCUGGUCUGCAUUCGUUAU